AUGGCUUCCUGUAUUUCAUCAUUAGGUCAUGAUCGAUACUCUUCCAACAAUUUUGAUGAACUUUUCAACCUGCCACGCUACAAGAGGUAUUUAGACUUCACUUCUCAUGAAGUUGAUGAUCAUCUGGAAAAUCACAGCAACAAGAGACUCAAAUUUAGUCAUGAUGAUGAAUUUGUCAACGUCGAAAAGAGAGUAGUUGAAUUUAGUAACAAAGAGUUACCAUGCCUAAAAAUAGUGGCUGGAUCUGUAUACAUACCCAAAGACGAUCCAAAGAAGCCUUUAGGUGAAGAUGCACACUUCAUACAUGAAUUAUUCCAAACUGUUGGUGUUGCUGAUGGUGUUGGUGGUUGGGUGAAACAAGGGAUUGACGCUGGAAUAUACGCAAGAGAGCUUAUGAAGAAUUCACAUACCGCUACAUAUGAUGAAGCUAUGAAAGGUCAUGUGAACCCUAAAAGAGUUCUUAAAGAAGCUUACAAAAACACACAUUCAAAAGGAUCGUCUACAGCUUGUAUUAUAACUCUGAACUCAGAGAGAAGUAGUAUAGUUGCUGCUAAUGUUGGUGAUAGUGGAUUUUUACUAAUCAGAAAGGGAAAAAUUAUAUACAAGUCGCCAAUACAACAACGAGGAUUUGGGUGUCCAUAUCAAUUGGGAAACUGCAAGGAUAAUCCUAGUGUUGCUCAUGAGAUGGAAUUAAACGUCGAGAAGGAUGAUAUUUUGAUGGUUGGGACGGAUGGGAUGCUUGAUAAUAUGAAUGAUAGUGAGAUAGAGGAAAUUGUUCGAAGAGCGAUAGAUGAGAAGUUGAAACCAAAGGAAUUGGCUAAGAAAAUUGGAAACAUUGCAUUGUACAACUCAUUUGAUAGAUUUGCAGAUACACCAUAUGCAAGAGCAUCUAAGGGACGACAUAAAGGAGGAAAAGUUGAUGAUAUUACUGUUAUUGUUGCUUAUAUACAAUAA